AACAGGAGCAAAGAAGCAAAGAUUCGAGCCGGCACAGCCAGCUGAUGCAUAACUGCUUUGCGGAGCUGUCAAGGCCCAGGCUCUGGGAGGGGGGCGCAGGGAGGCAGGCAAGGAAGGGGUGACCCGGAGGGACAGACCCAGGGGCUGAAGUGCAGCCAUGGACUGGGCCAGAGAGCACCAGCCCCUUCUUGCCCUAUCAGGACCUCCACUGCCAUACAGAGACCAUGACUGACCUGAGACAAAGGGCUGGUGUCCAAUCCCAGCCCCCAGCCCCAGAACUCCAGGGAAUGAAUGGGCAGAGAGCAGGAAUGUGGGACAUCUGUGUUCGACGGGAGGAGUCCAGGGGUCUGCUGGGAAUGGGGCCUAGUCGGAAACUAUGAUAUAGACGCCCCUUGAGGAGAUGGAACAGGUUUGUUCGUCACCAAAUUCCCAGCACCUUGCAGGCACUUACAGCUGAGUGACAGAAGGCCUGGGUUAUCAAAAAGCUGGAAGGCAGGUCAGAGGUCAUCUGGUACAGCCCUUCCUUUUUUUUUUGAGACAGGGUCUCUGUUGCCCAGGCUGAAGUGGUGCAAAGACAGCUCACUGUAGCCUCAACCUACUGGGCUCAAGUAAUCCUCCCACCUCAGCCUCCCAAAGUGCUGGGAUUGCAAGUAUGACCCACCCCACCCUGCCCUUCCCUUCCUUUUUAAUUGAUGCAUAACAAUCGUAAUAUUCAUUGUGGUCCAACCAACCCUUCUUGACCCACCUUCCUAGAGAGAGGGUCCUCUUGCCUCAGUGGUCAGGGCCCCGGACCCAUGGUCUGGCUCCAGGCACCACCUGCCUCAUGCAGGAGUUGGCGUGUCCAGGAAGCUCUGCCUCUGGGCACAAUGACCUCAAUGGGGUGAGAGGAGCUCUCCCCAUAGCUGGGCUGCAGCCCAACCCCACCCCCUCAGGCUAUGCCGGGGGCGUUGCCAGGGGCAGCAAGCAUUGCCAGCCCAGCCCACUCCUUCAUAAAGCCCUCAUGUCUCAGGAGCAAGCAGAGCCAGGGCAGGAUGGAGAGGAGACGCAUCACCUCCGCUGCUCGCCGCUCCUACGUCUCCCAGGGGGAGAUGAUGGUGGGGGGUCUGGCUUCCCGUCGUCUGGGUCCUGGCAGCCGCCUCUCCCUGGCUCGAAUGCCUCCUCCACUCACGACUCGAGUGGACUUCUCCCUGGCUGGGGCACUCAAUGCUGGCUUCAAGGAGACCCGGGCCAGUGAGCGGGCAGAGAUGAUGGAGCUCAAUGACCGCUUUGCCAGCUACAUCGAGAAGGUUCGCUUCCUGGAACAGCAAAACAAGGCGCUGGCUGCUGAGCUGAACCAGCUGCGGGCCAAGGAGCCCACCAAGCUGGCCGACGUCUACCAGGCUGAGCUUCGAGAGCUGCGGCUGCGGCUCGAUCAACUCACUGCCAACAGCGCCCGGCUGGAGGUCGAGAGGGACAAUCUGGCACAGGACCUGGGCACUGUGAGGCAGAAGCUCCAGGAUGAAACCAACCUGAGGCUGGAAGCGGAGAACAACCUGGCUGCCUAUAGACAGGAAGCAGAUGAAGCCACCUUGGCCCGUCUGGAUCUGGAGAGAAAGAUCGAGUCACUGGAGGAGGAGAUCCGGUUCUUGAGGAAGAUCCAUGAGGAGGAGGUUCGGGAACUCCAGGAGCAGCUGGCCCGACAGCAGGUCCACGUGGAGUUGGACGUGGCCAAGCCAGACCUUACUGCAGCCCUGAAAGAGAUCCGCACGCAGUACGAGGCAAUGGCGUCCAGCAACAUGCAUGAAGCCGAGGAGUGGUACCGCUCCAAGUUUGCAGACCUGACAGACGCUGCUGCCCGCAACGCGGAGCUGCUCCGCCAGGCCAAGCACGAGGCUAACGACUACCGGCGUCAGUUGCAGUCCUUGACCUGCGACCUGGAGUCUCUGCGCGGCACAAACGAGUCCCUGGAGAGGCAGAUGCGCGAGCAGGAGGAGCGCCACGCGCGGGAGGCGGCCAGUUACCAGGAGGCGCUGGAGCGGCUGGAGGAAGAGGGGCAGAGCCUCAAGGACGAGAUGGCCCGCCACUUGCAGGAGUACCAGGACCUGCUCAACGUCAAGCUGGCCCUGGACAUCGAGAUCGCCACCUACAGGAAACUGCUGGAGGGCGAGGAGAACCGCAUCACCAUUCCUGUGCAGACCUUCUCCAACCUGCAGAUCCGAGAAACCAGCCUGGACACCAAGUCUGUGUCAGAAGGCCACCUCAAGAGGAACAUCGUGGUGAAGACUGUGGAGAUGCGGGAUGGAGAGGUCAUUAAGGAGUCCAAGCAGGAGCACAAGGAUGUGAUGUGAGGUGGGACCCAGCUGGUGGCCUCUGCCCCAUUGAAUGAAGGGCUCAAGCAGGAGCAGGAUAGUUGCUCCUCCUCUGCUGGCACCUUUCCCCAGACCUGAGCUCCCGCUGCCCCAGCUGCUCCCCUCCCUCCUUGUCUCUAGGCCAGCUAACUGCCCUAGGCUCCGUCUGCAUUAGGCCUGCCAGACAGUACCCACCCAGCACCCAGCAACUCCAACUAACAAGGCACUCACCCCCAAGGGGCAGUCUUGAGGGGCAUGGCCAGCAGCUUGGGUUAGAAUGAGGAGGAAGAAGAGAAGGGGAGGAGGGCGGGGGGAUCAAAUCCAUUGCCCUCCACAUCCCUGAUCCCUGUUGUUAUGGCAACUGUUGCCAGAGUUGGAGGUUCUCUCUGGGUAUCUGAGAACUGUGCCUUUGAGUUUCCUCAGACUGCUGGAGGAAAACUGAGACUAAGACAGGAAAGGGAAGUCCCCACAGACAAGGUAGUCCUGGCCAGAGGCUUUUUUUAUUUUUUGUUGUUUUUGAGGCGGGGUCUCCCUAUCCUGCCCAGGCUGGCCUUGAACUCCUGGGCUCAAGCAGUCUUCCCACCUCAGCCUCCUGUGUAGCUGGGAUUACAGCCUUGAGCCACCAUGCCCAGCUCAGAGGGUUAUUCUUCUAAACUGACACUGACCAGUCUAAGAUGGGUGGGGAUGUCCUGCCAUCUGGGGCAGGCACCUGCCCAAAUCCCAGAGGAACCUCCUGAGCCAUGACUCAAGUGUCUCAGUCCCCCUGAGCUGCCAUCCAGGGACCCCGUCUGUGGGCACACUGUGCGCUCGUGGGAGCUUGAUUCUCAGCACUUGGGGGAUCUGUAGUGUAUGUGGAGAGGGAUGGGGUGCUGGGAGGGAUAGAGGGGGGCUGCCUGGCCCCCAGCUGUGGGUACAGAGAGGUCAAGCCCAGGAGGACUGCCCCGUGCAGACUGGAGGGGACGCUGGUAGAGAUGGUGGAGGAGGCAAUUAGGUCGGCGCUAGACAUCCAAGUGGGGGUUGUGGGCGACCAGUUACAUUUAGCCUCUGAGUUGUGGGAAUUAAGAAAGUGACUCAUCCUCUUGAAGAUGCUGAAACAGGAGAGAAAGGGGAUGUAUCCAUGGGGGCAGGGCAUGACUUUGUCCCAGUUCUAAGGCCUCUUCCUUGCUGUGUCAUCCCAGGCCACCCCAGCCUCUGAGCCCCUGGGACUGCUGCUUAUUUACCCCAGUAAGCCACUGCCACACGCCUGACUGUCUCCACCCCAGAGUGACCAGCUGCUUUUCCCUAAGCCAAGGACCUCUUGUGGUCCCCUUACUCACAUGCAAAAUGUAUCCAGUAUUUUAGGUAACGCCCUAUUUUAGAAUUUGUAAAACAGAGGCAUGAGCAAAGUGAAGAUACUGGCUCAUAUUUCUGCAGCCUGGAGGCCAGGUGCUCAGGGCUGACACGUCCCCACCCCAGUGCACCUACUCUGCUUUAACUGGGCAGACUGGUGGGCAGACUGGUGGGCAGACUGGUGGGAUCUGUGCCCAGAAAUGGGACUUAGAGGGCCCACUUCAGGGUUCUCCUCUCCCCUAAGGAUGAAGAAGGGUCUUUCUCUCUCCACAAGACUUGGUGUCCUUUCCCUCCACUCCUUCCUGCCACCUGCUGCUGCCUUUAGUCACUGAGGAAAAAUAAAGACAAAUGCUAUGCCCUUC